UGAGAGCCGGGGAUCGUUGAAGCCAGAUUCGUGGUUGUUUUCUCUUUCCAAUAUUACCCCUAUUGUGAUUCGAUUUUACGCGUACAGUUGGAGGCGAAUUGAGUAAUUUCUCAACUAGUUCGCCAUCGAAGGGAGAGGAAAAACGAGAAAGGACUCGUGGAAGCUGGGUGGUCUGUAGGCUGCGUGGAAGGCAGGCGACGCGGCAAUGACCGAUAUAGAGUGGCUUCCACCGCGACAAUGAAUAGAGCUCCUUGUUCAUGGAGGAUCUUCAACCCUAGUUCUUCUUCUUCUUCUUCUUGAUUUUCGAGAUCUGUCUUGUUCUUGAUUACAGAAUUUUAUUGGCUUUGAUAUAGAUGGCGGAGGUCGCUAAGGUGUUGUAUAUUGUGGUUCUGGAUUAUGAAGAACAAGUGAAGAAGGAGAAAGGGUCUUUCCGGUAUACUCGCCCCGUUUUGCAAAGCACUCUGCAGCUCAUGGGUUGCAAGGCACGACAUGCUUUCAAGAUAAGCCAAAGGGCUUUUGAGUUGUUGCGUAAAGGUUAUGAUGUGCAUCCUGAAGGGUUUGAGACAAGAUCUUCUGGAAAAGAACAUCUAAGUUUAUCUAAAGAUGGUGGAAACAAAAACAUUCCCUUUGAGAUUUAUAAAAUGCGCACAACCCUCAUUGUAAGGAGAGCAACCUUCUUAGAUGUUGUAUGCAAAGCCCUGGCAGAAUACAAGUACGUGAGUCCCAACCAGAGGGCUGACUUGCUUUUAGCCUGCAGAAUCCGGGAAAGGAAGGAAUCUAUGACUGUACUAUUAUGUGGUACUAGUGGCUGUGGCAAAUCUACCUUGUCCGCUCUGCUGGGUAGCAGGUUAGGAAUUACGACAGUAAUAUCAACCGACUCAAUUCGGCAUAUGAUGAGGAGUUUUGUAGAUGAGAAACAAAAUCCUCUGCUCUGGGCUUCAACUUACCAUGCUGGGGAGGUUUUGGAUCCAGUGGCUGUCGCUGAAGCCAAGGCAAAAAGAAAAGCAACAAAGUUGGAAGGCAAUCCUCAUUCAUAUCUGAAGGAUGAAGUACUGGAGAGUUCUUCCAUUGGAAAAUUUGAUGGCCAACCAUCGGAUCGUUGCACUGAGCUAAUCAGUCAAAAGCAGAUGGCUGUUGAAGGAUACAAGGCUCAGAGUGAAAUGGUGAUUGACAGUCUUGAUAGGCUGAUUACUGCAUGGGAAGAGCGGAAAGAAUCGGUGGUUGUUGAGGGUGUUCACUUAAGCCUAAAUUUUGUGAUGGGGCUCAUGAAGAAACAUCCAUCAAUUGUACCGUUCAUGAUUUACAUCACCAAUGAGGACAAGCACAUGGAAAGAUUUGCUGUGAGAGCAAAAUAUAUGACACUUGACCCAGCUAAGAACAGAUAUGUGAAGUAUAUACGAAAUAUUAGGGCAAUACAAGAAUAUUUAUGCAAGAGGGCUGAUAAGCAUCUUAUCCCUAAAAUAAACAACACCAAUGUUGACAAGAGUGUAGCUGCCAUCCAUGCAACAGUAUUUAGCUGCCUUCGUAGGCGUGAAGCAGGCGAACAACUAUAUGAUCCUGUACGCAAUACUGUUCCUAUUAUUGACGAGGAAUACAGGAAUCAGUGUGCAGCCAACUCGUUGAGCUCUAAGUGCAUGUUUCAACUCAUCCAGAGGAAAGGUUCCUCUAGGAAUCUCAUGGCUUUGGUUAAUACUGACGGAUCGGUGGCUAAGGCUUGGCCUGUUGAUCCAAUUGAUAAUACAAGUGGGAAGCCUUUAUUAGGCCCGAGGACUGAGAAUGGAUUUGGGACUCCAAUGUAUGGUCCAUUGCAGAUUGGUAAAGCUGAAACUGUUAAUCUUCAAUUUGGUUUCUAUGGCAUCAGUGCUUGGCCUUCUGAUGGUGGGACCAGCCGUGUAGGGAGUGUGGAUGAAUCCAGGCCAGAUUGGACUGAUACUAGUAAAUACCAUUCUUCUUGCUGCAGCUCUCCAAGGUUUUCGGAUGGACCUUCCAAGGAGCUCAAGGAAGAUAUCUCAGUGCACGGUAGUGAGGAAGAGGUUGAUGAUCCUCAAGAGCUUGGCAGUGAUGAAGACUUUAGUGAAGAUGGUGACAAACAGAUUCAUGAAGAGGUAGGCUCAGUCGAUGAAGAGUCGACAAAAUCAGAUGAAGAAUAUGAUGAUCUGGCAAUGCUGGACGUGAAUCAUGGUUACUGGUUAGAUGAUGACAAUGAGGACAUGGAAAAGGCUGGAUCUGUUACCAAGGGCCAAAUGAGUGCUCGAGAAGUUGAUAGGUAUCGCCAGAACCUGGACCGCGUCCUGCGCUCGAAAAGCAAGUCAUCCAAGUCACUCUGCUCCUUUUCUUCUCUUCUUAAGGAGAAAGAAAGAAAUAGCAAAACCUCUGGUGCUAUGAAAAUGAAGAAACGUUCCCUUAGCAUUCCAGCCAUGAGAAAGCAUGGUUCAGCUAUUGAGGGGGGCCCCAUUCUCUCUGGAGCUCCUCAGGGGUAGCUCAAGAAUUUUGGUUUCCUUUCUUGAUUUCUCAAGGUCUCUUUUCCUGGUAUUAGCUCAUGACUACGUGCGUAUAAACGCCCCCGCCCCCGCCCCUGCCCCUCCCCACUUCCCCCGGGUUAAAAAAAUGUACAGAGAGGUGUUCCUUGUGAUUGACUUGCUUCGGGUUGCAGCGGUCCCUUGUAGUAUAUAAAUACACAUAUUCCACUAA